AACAUUCCAAAAUUAUGGACUAGCUUAUUUGAAUCUCACAACGCAGCAUAAUAGUUAGAUCUCAUAAAUUACAUUUUUAGGUCCUCAUUACGUGCUAGCAGUGAAUGGUAGUACAGAGAGCGUAAAGUUGUAUUUAAAAAAAACGAAAUGAAAGCACUACUGCAGAAGUCUCAAGUCAGUGUUUCAAAUACGUCGGUACCACUGCGGUCAUCGCGUUGGGCCCAUGGCCGUAGGGCUGUAGCUUGUAGUUAAUUUAGAUAGGCUAUGACAUGGCUAAAUACAUGGGCUUUAGCCUAUGCCCUAUGGGCAGAUCCGAGAAAAUCGGAACGCAGAUGGGCGAACAUUUUGAUGGUGAUAAAUUAUAAUAAUAGUGAUAGCAACCAUAGAUAACAUGCAAGAUAGUAGCGUUGAUAACGCGCAACGUGUAGUACACACUUUUAAAGUUUCAACUUUAUUAGAGUUUAGAUUACUAUUGAACAUAGUAGGACACGGUACUAUUAAGUGUUAGUACCAUAUUAUAAUAUAUAAUACUACACUAUUUCAGGAUACAAAAUAUUAGAACAACUACAACUUACUGUUGUAUAAUGUGUUAACUACGAUAUUUUAACGUUUUUGAUUUCAUUCAAUUUUGUAAAUUAUAUACAAAAUGAUGAAUGAGUCACCGGAAACCGUAGAUAUAAAACCGAAUCACGAUACCAACACUGUUGUUGUGGAAGAAAAUGGAAAACGGCCAUUGGAUCAAUUGGACGAUACCUGUGAAAGCCAACCUAAAAUCUGUAAACUAGACAAUGAAAGCGAUGCCAACCAGUCUAACACCCUAUCAAAAAGGCAGCUAAAAAAGAUCCAAAAGCAACAGAUGUGGAUGGAGAAAAAAGCAAAACGAAGGGAAACAAAUAAAGAAAGGAAAGUAGAAAUGAAAAAAAGGAAAGCCCAAAUGAGAGAGUCGGGAGUAGAAAUACCAAUAGUAAAGACAAAAAAAAUGGCCGAGAGUACAUGUAAACAACGUAUUGUGUUAGAUAUGUCGUACGAUGACUUGAUGUCUGAUAAGGAUUUAUGCAAGUGUUCAAAUCAACUAUUGAGGUGUUAUGGUCUGAAUCGUAGAAUGGAUAAUCCUAUGCAAUUAUAUUUUUGCAGUUAUGAAGGAAAAACAAAAGAAAUUAUGGCUAAACACAAUGGCUCCGAGUCUUGGGAUAUAAAAUAUUUAGAGAACUCAUUUGAUAAAGAAUUCCAGAAAGAAGAAAUUGUUUAUUUGACCAGUGACAGUUUGAAUGUCUUAGAAAGUAUAGAUGAAAACAAAGUGUACAUAAUUGGUGGUCUGGUUGAUCACAAUUCUUGCAAAGGUGCAAGUCUGAAAGUAGCAAAUGAUCUAGGUAUAGCUCAUGCUCGAUUGCCAAUCGAUGAACAUAUCAACAUGCAAACUAGAAAAAUUUUAACUAUAAAUCAUGUUUUUGAAAUAAUUUCAAAAGUGGUGUCUGGAAUGUCUUGGAAAGAAGCAUUAAUUGGUACAUUGCCAAAAAGAAAAAUGUUCUCAGUCAUAGACAAAGAAGACCUUUUGGAAUAUGAAAAUUGUUCUCUAGAAUAUAAACCAAAAGAAGAAAUUGAAUGUCCAGAAGCAGAAAAAAAUGAAAAUGUUUCAGUUGAAAAUGUAAUUGAACAAAAUGUUUCAGUUGAAAACUAAAUAAAUACAUUACUUUAAAUAAA